AUGAAUUUACUAUGGGGAAUAAUAAUAGCACAUUUGCUUUGUUAUAAUGUCGAGUUGCGGGCGAGACAGGUCAAGUGGGGACAUGCGCCCCUUGGCGGUCAGAACAAGUUGGAGUCCGCCUGGGGAGGGGAAGCCACCAUGGAGGAAGGAAACCCCCCAGAGGAUGACACUGAAGAAGGGGAGACAUCCCAAACAUUCGACGAGACAAGCACUCUGGAGGGGAAGGAUGAGCACCCGAACCUUAGAUCGACCUUUUCAUUCUUCCAAGGGAAGGGUCGAGAAGCACAACAGAACGCGCAGCAAAGACACGAGGGGAAUGUGCAGCGCGGGAAGGCACCGAGUGACCACCAAGGGGAGCUGAAUCAUGUUAACACCUCCACCCAAAUAGAAGGUGAAAAAAUCAUCAGGGAAGGGGAAAAUUUUUACAUCAAUGGAGGAAUCACCGAUUACGAAUACAGCAAUGAUGAUGAAUUUUUUAAGUCCUUCCAUAGUCACAACGAUGACAGGCAAAUCGAAAUAAACAGUCCAUGUUUUAACAUAAAAGAUGAGAAGGAAUGUACGGAGAGUAGGAACUGUUUCUAUGAUCAUUCUUAUCAGACAUGCUUCCAGAAUUGCAAAAGUUUGGCAGAAACGGAAUGCUCCAGAUACACUGAGUGUAAGUUGACCAUGAACGGAUGCGAAAAUGAAGGAUACCUCAACAUCAACGUGUUCGGCUCGGAUAUCGGAUCGGACGUCCGCGCGUGCGAGCUGUUCAACUCCGAGGGCUCAUGCUACAUGAUGGAGGAGCUGUAUAAAAGCUUUGAUAGCAAAAAGAAGACGAACUUUAACUGCGUCUGGCUGUCCUACAAGCAUGAAUACAGGAAGCACAAGGAAGGGGACGCCGGAAGGCGUCAUAAAAAGGAACCACGUGAGCAGAUGGGAGUCGAACUUGGCGGAGUCAUUGACGUGCACAGGACGCACGGACAAAGCGAACCGAGUGGUUACCACAAUUCUCAUGUACUCCGAACGGAUGGAAAGAGAAGUAUUGCUAGGAAUGAAGAGUUUCUGUCCCUAUUGGAAUUAAAAUCGAGUGGGAAAAAAAAAAAAAAACCAAAGAAUAGCAGUGACGGGAAAGAGAGCAAGAAGGAAAACGCAAAGAAGGGGAAAGCGAAGGGGGAUGACGAAGACUUCGACGACGAUGAUGAUAGCGGUGAGGGGCUGGAUGCAGAAAAGGAUGAUGAUUUUAACGACUUGAGUGAUGAGGAAGGGGCGGAAAAAGAGGAGGAUCUAAAUGGAGAAGGGGCAGACGAGAACGAGGGCGACGAUUUUGAGGAAGAGUUGGAAAAGAAGAAGGGGAAAAGCAAAGGGAAGAAAGAAAGCAGCGAUAAAAGAGGAAGAAGCGGUGAUGGAGAAGGAAGCGACACGAAACGGAUGGAGGGAAAGGAACCAUCUCAUGAAGCUCCACCCGGGGGGAGCAUCCCCAAGGGAGAUGAGCUGCUAGUUCCCCCCGAAAAAUUAGUGGAAACACCAACGGAAGUCGUAACGGAGAGUAUCAUCGACGAUGCAGGGAAGGAGGAUACAAAUGGCAAGCAUGGUCAGGAUGGUCAGAUUGGUCAGAGCGGUCAGAUUGAUCAGAAGGGUCAGCUUAGUCAGGACGGUCAGCUUAGUCAGGAUGGUGAACUUCGUGAAGAUGCCCAACUUGAUCAAGAUGUCCACGCCAACGCAGAAAAUGAUACACUCCCAGGAGACAGCCCCACAGGGGAUGGCAACCUGGAGAGUCUUCCACACGAGCGGGACAUAUUAAAGCAUAACUUUAAGAGCAGUGACCGUGGAGGCGAUUACGACGAAUGGGUAAGAGUAGAAACGAGCAUUUGUGCCAAUUUAAACGAAAGGCCAAACCCGUCCGUGCUAUUGGAAGGGGCGUUAAUUGCUGAAAAGGAGGCAGAAUUGAGGAGCAUUAAAAAGAAAUAUAACGUCACAGACAAUGAAAUUUGUGUUAAGCCUUCGAAUGAACCCAAUAUUUCUUUCAGUCCUAAAAAAAAUUUCUACCUGUUGGGGGAGAAAAUAGAAUUCAGGUGUAAAAAUGGGUAUAAGAUCGUUGGGACAACGACUGUAGGGGUGUGUGUGGGAAGAAAUAAAAUCGUCCCCAACAUAACUUGUGAGUCCUUAAACGAUUUCGAUGAUGUUCAGAAGGAGAACAUACAGAAGAUCAAUAGAAUGAUUAGCUCUGGGGUGAAUUCAGCCUUGUCAGGUUUCCUAGCAAUUGUCCUUUUCGUCGUCGGGGCUGUCCUCUCCCAGUGA